AUGCCUACGUAUCCCAUCCGCCGCAGGCCUCGCGAAUGUAAAACUUGCCUUCCAUGUCGUGCCAGCAAAGUUCGCUGUGAUCGCAAUGUGCCAUGCGGCAAUUGUGUCAAGCGCAAUUUCACCUGCUCCUACGGCCGUCCUCCUCCCUCGGCGCCUAGACCCGGAUCGCUCGUCGCCGACCAAUACGGCCCCGCGACCGCCUCAACAACUACUACACCUCAGUUUCUCCCUCCGUCCUCCCACCUCUCGUCCGGUCGCGAUGCUCCCUACGGCCCCGACCCGGGAUCGACCGGAUCGACUUCCCAAGACGGCCUGCCGGAAGUCGUGACUUUAUCGCAAUCGGAAUGGGACGAAAUCAACACCAAGAUGCGGACUAUGGAGGAAAUCCUAGGCAGUCUGGACUCUUUGUUCCAGUCCCAUGGGGCGCGAAGAGCCACCGAACCCCGAUUAGAGGUGUUCCCCGCCGAGGAUGAGGUGUCUCCCACCUCGGAGGGGAUUUUUGGUUCAACUACAAUGAAGACUGGCUCCGUCCAUAUUGGGUCGCGAUCGGCAUUGAUCGACAUCUUGGAUAAGUCGAAGAACUCGGAGGAUACGGCACAGGCGUUGCCAAAAGAGGACCUUCUCGCGGAGUUGGCCAUGGGGAACGAAUCCGCCGCGUACCCGUUCGUAGAUUUGUGGUCGUCCGACCCUUAUACAUUCAAUAUCGCCGGCGUAUGUAGCGUGCUACCCGAUGAUGAACAAUGCCGAAAACUGUUGAAAUUCUAUAUAGACGUUGGUUCCGUGCUUUAUCCGGUGCUGUCAGAUGUUGGAAGACUCGAGGACAAUAUGGAGCGCCUGUUGCGAGGCCGACAAGCUGCUGGCGGUGUAUAUCGACCGGAUGCUAACGGUCUUGUUAAACCGUUUGGCAUGAGUGUAUCCUUCCUGAGUCUCCUCUUUGCCGUUCUAGCCUCGGGCUGUCAAUUGUCCGACCUACCAGGCAAGGAACGCGAAUUGACCUCGUGGGUAUAUGUAUCAUGUGCUUAUCACUGCUUGCGCAUGUUAAACUAUGUAUCUCAGCCGACCGUAGAAAUCAUUCAAAUCUUGCUGGUCAUCGGGAGCGUCCUAUCCUACAACAUGAAUGCAGGAGCCUCGUAUACAUUGCUUGGAAUGACCGAGCGCAUGUGUAUGGUGCUGGGUCUGCACGUCGAGACUGCGGGAUAUUCUCGGGCUGUGCAAGCGGCACGGAGAAGAGUCUGGUGGGCGAUGGCUUUCCAGAACAGCCAUUUUUCCCUGGCGUACGAUCGACCCUCGAUCACCAUGAUCAGCCAGCCCGAGAUUCCAUACGAUCCCAAAUCCAUGCCCGGCCACCGGGGCUACUUCGAGACGCUGUGCCGCAUCAUCUCCGUUAUUCUCGAGAUGUUGCGAAACCUCAUGUUCACCCAUCAUAGUCACCUUAGGUACCAUGAAAUCCGGGAGUUUAAGCAACGUAUUGAACGGAUCCUCGCUGAGGCAGCACCACACCUGCGAUUUGAAGACCGCUGUACCACUCUGGCGGAGCAUAUUGAACGAACCGAACUGCGACUGCAUUCCUCGUAUUUCAUAUCAUUCGUGUGCCGAGUAUCACUGGAUCCGGAUGCACACAUGGAUGAGCAGCGGCGAGAAAUCAUUAAGGAGGAUUGCUUGACCAAUCUGAGCAACACGAUCCAGGCAUUCAUCGAACUGCAUUCGAUCAAUGCACAUGCGUCCCGCACCUGGAUAAGCCUGCAACGGACGAUCGCGUCAGCUUUCCUCUUGGUAGCCAACAAUAAUGAGCGAUUGCACCCGCACACGUGGGAUCUGAUCCAGAGACUGGAGGCGGCUUUGUCGGACCAUGUGCACGGCGAUGGCGAAGCUGAUCGAAACAAUCGUACCGAUUCGGCCAAACAUCUCGCCUCAUCGCUGCGUGCCCUGCGCGAAGUCAGUGCCGCGUUCCGUGCGCACAGCAAGAAACAGAAGAUGCUAUCGGUUCCGGAGACUGCAACGACCACCCCGAACCUGUCUCCUGCCACAGUCUUCACUUCCCCAUCGCCGGCGGGGCUUGCCUCGGUAGCUGUUCCUGUCCCCCCGACGUAUAGCGCGCCGUCCCAAGAGGGACAUAUUGACAAUAUUCUCAAUCGGGUCUCAGAUGUAAUGCUUUUUCCCAGCAUGAGUACGGGGAACGCUUGA